UUUGGGUUUUCUACUUUAAUAUUAUUCAUAUAUUUGAAUGAAGAAAAAGAAUAUCUUUUUGGCGAACAAGACCAACCCGCUGGGGAAAGUAUACUAGAAAAAGGAGACAUAACGGCAACCACUGUGAUAUUCAACGUUUUAUUUUUUGGCUGUUCUUUCCUAUUGGCAUUUUCAUCAAUUUUAGUGUUAGUAGGUUUAAAGAAUGACAAACGUGAACUUUUAAUACCAUGGAUAAGUUUUAUGCUGUGCGAUGUUUUAAUUGAAAUUGCGCACUUGAUUUACUUAUCAUUCAAGGAGAAAGUAAUUUUCGACCCAAUUGUUGGCUUUCUAUUUACCAUAGACUUUUUCAUAAUGUGUCUCAAUUGCUAUUGUCUGCUUUGCGUGAUAUCACAAUACCAAGACUACAAACAAGGACGUGGUUGUGGCCGAACACAGAUGAGAGCUGAAGUAAUGCUACAAGUAAUGCGUAAUGAACCAAAUGGUACUUCAUUAAGUCCACCAGCAUAUCAGCAGAAGAAUUUGGCUACAAGUCCUUUUGUAACUUCAAAUCAGCAUACGAAUAUCUCGACUAUACCUGAAGAA